AUUAAUAACGCGGCCACCCAGCCGGGGGUCGCGUAGCCAUGGCCAGCCAGGAGCCCCGGCGCGGCGGGGACGGCGCCACCCAGGCCGCGAGGGAAACAAGAGCAGAGGCCAAUUCUUUUCAAGAGGAGGCGCACUCUGAAUCCCUGGAUGAUACUCUAUGUUUGGAGGGGACCUUGAAUUUAGAGGACAUUCUCUACCUGGGGGACACAGAUGACUUUGAUGACACACUGUAUGUGGAAGAGACUGAGAAGCCAGAGGAGACACUGUGCGUGGAGGAGCCCGUGAAGCCGGAGGAGACACUGUGCGUGGAGGAGCCCGUGAAGCCGGAGGAGACACUGUGCGUGGAGGAGCCCGUGAAGCCGGAGGAGACACUGUGCGUGGAGGAGCCCGUGAAGCCGGAGGAGACACUGUGCGUGGAGGAGCCCGUGAAGCCGGAGGAGACACUGUGCGUGGAGGAGCCCGUGAAGCCGGAGGAGACACUGUGCACUAGCCCCAAGCAGAUGGCUUAUGGGGGAGAGAUGGUGACAAAUGAGGAGAAACCUAACUCUGAGGAGAGCCUCAGAGCUGGGCCUAGUCCCAGCACGGAUGACAGCCUGAGCAUAGAGGACCUGGAAUUGCUUGAGGGGCGUUUCCAGGAAUGUGUCCAAGCUGUGGCUCAGCUUGAAGAGGAGAGGGAUCAGCUCAUCCAUGAACUUGUGUUGCUCCGGGAACCAGCUCUCCAGGAGGUGCAACAAGUCCAUCAAGACAUCCUGGCUGCCUACAAACUGCAAGCUCAAGCAGAGCUGGAGAGGGAUGGGCUAAGAGAGGAGAUCCGGUUGGUCAAACAGAAGCUGUUCAAGGUGACGAAGGAAUGUGUGGCCUACCAAUACCAGCUGGAGUGCCGCCAGCAGGACGUGGCCCAGUUUGCUGAUUUCCGGGAAGUACUGACUGCACGGGCAGCCCAGCUCUCGGAGGAACUGGCCCAGCUCCGGGAUGCCUAUCAGAAGCAGAAGGAGCAGUUACAGCAACAACUAGAAGCACCUCCAAGUCAGAGGGAUGGGCAAUUCCUGCAGGAGAGCCGGAGGCUCUCUGCCCAGUUUGAGAACCUCAUGGCAGAGAGCCGCCAGGGCCUGGAGGAGGAGUAUGAGCCUCAGCUGCUGCGGCUCCUAGAGAGGAAAGAAGCUGCUGCCAAAGCCCUGCAGAAAACCCAGGCGGAGAUCCAGGAGAUGAAGGAGGCUCUGAGGCCCCUGCAAGCAGAGGCCCAGCAGCUCCACCUGCUAAACAGGAACCUGGAGGACCAGAUCACACUUGUGAGGCAAAAACGCGAUGAGGAGUUGCAGCAGUACAAGGAAGAGAUGGAGAAAAUGGAGGAACGACAGAGGCAGUUAAGAAGUGGGGUGCAACUACAGCAACAGAAGAACAAAGAGAUGGAGCAGUUAAGGAUCAGCCUUGCUGAAGAGCUCUCAACUUACAAGGCUAAGUUACCUAAGAGCCCGGAACAGGCUAAUGCUCCCACUUCUCAGGCAGGUGGAAUCGAGACACAGUCUCAAGGUGAUCCUUGUGGUUACAAGAGUGGUGUUUGCAUUGUUGCUUUCUUAACAAUACUAAUGACUUAA